CUGAGAUCAGAUUUUUCUCUGAUUUUUCACUGAGCGCGUUUGCUCCAUUCGGCCUAAUUAGUAGAGUUGCAAGGCAGGUUUAUUAUAAGAAACUUUUUUCCCUUGACUAACGGAUUACAGCACCUAUGAUCAGAAGCUUCAGGAGCUCGCCAGCGUUACAUGUUUAAUCCUAGUACUAUUAUCCUUUUCCUUUUCCUCUUUUUUACUCAGUUUGCCAAAUUGGAGCUCAGAGGGACAUUAAGCGUGUGAAGGCUGAUCCCAGAACAGUCUCAGCCUACAUGCAGAACCAGAGCCUGUAGCUGUGUCUGUGAUCGAAAAUCUUUUCCCUGCACUCAACAAGAUGGAUUUGAGCUACCUGACUGAAGAGGAGCAGGAGAUGAUCCUGUCUGUUCUGAAGAGAGAUGCUGAGCUGAAACAUAAAGAAGAGCAGCGAAUAAAAAAGCUGCAGAAAACUGAGCGAGAUAAGCAGAAACUGAAGUACCUUACAGGAGAAUGGUUUUACGAGACUAAGUCAAACAGACACCGAGACAAGACACAUGGCUCUGACAUCAUUAGAGCCUCCAUGUCGCGCAGGAAACCUGUGACUAUAAAGGAGCUCACACAGAUCUGGCCGAGAACGUCUAGCUUUUUGAAAAGUGAAAGCAAGGACAUUUUUAUCCCACCCGAAUUGUCUGGAAUAAUAGGGGAACCAUCAACAUCUGCACAUGAUAACAGGGACGAUCACUACGAAGUUGCAGAAUACAAAACUUCUACACACCCUCAAGCAAAGCCUAGACCGAAUCCUUUCAACACCAGACCGGUAGGGUCACAAUCUCAUGUAAAGACUGAGGGACAUUUUCAAACUGGUGUAUGUCAGAUACCAGGGAAUAUGCAAAAGGUUCCUGCAAACCAACAGUCAACAGAGGGGUCACUGUCGGUAUGGGCUGAACCGAAGUGUACAUCACAGAUCCCUGCUGAGGAUCAUCAUGAGGAUCUUGCUGAACCUCAUUCCUCUCAGGUGUCUGACCCCUCUGCCUUUCGUACACAUCGAGGUAAGGUCAGUCAACUGAGUAAAGAGGGCCGAUCCCAACUAUUAAGAGAGGAGGAUGAAAGCUCCAUCAAUAAGGUACUUGGGUGGGUUGGAAUGGUGUCCAGACACAGUGGCAAAAAAAAUAAAUGGCCUGGCUUUCAAGAGGAGAACAGAGAAGGUCCAGAGGGUCAUGUUACUCCAAACACAGAAAAAACAUCUUGCAUUCAGUCAGAAAUAAAAGCAAAACUAUCAACCAUGCUUAGGAUGGGUCUGCCUGGUUGUCCACUCGAUGACAAACAAGACAACAUAAAUUUAAGAUGUUCUGCACGAAAUUCUGGACUAAACAUUACAACAGAAGAAUUUGAAGAAAAUUCAUUUCUUUCUAUGAUGGAAAGAGAGAGAGAGCGCAUAUACCAGGGAGAAGUGUCACAAAAUCGACUUUCCAGACUGGUGUCUUUUUGGGAGAGUGGGAGCAAUGGGCCAGAUGUACUGGAUAGUAAAAAAAUCGAGACCAAUGAUGACAAAGUAGCAGGCCAAAAAAUAUCAAAGGUAGUGUUGAACGUAAGCCCAUCAAAAGCAAAGAAAUCUAAAUAUACAAAUAUUUGUGAUUCAUCUUUUGACACUGGUCAGCUACCAGCUAAACCAAUUGGUGAUAUUCCUGUAUACAAACUAAAGGAAAUUUAUUCUCCUCUUCUGUCAGUCAGAACAUCUGAGCAGAAUACCAUCAGUGAUCCCAAGACAUGCUGGGAGAGAGAAAAAAGUAUUCCUAAGAUCGCUAUCAGCACUCCUGACUGUAGGCCAAAAUGUUAUUCUCAACAAGGUUUCAAAAUUUCGACCAGCCCAAAUCUAGUGGAAAUUCCUCAGAGAAGUAUUUCCUCUAUAAACAGAGAGCUUGGAGAGAGAAAGGCUUCAUCAAAAGGAAAACUGAAUCAAAGUUCCAAAGGAGACCUAGUUAAUAGUCCUCUAGAUGACACAGAUACUACACCUUACAACAGAUCUCCAUUUAGGACACGCAUGUUAGGUUCAGGUAAAAGCAUUAAGUGUAAUCCAGUAUCACCAUACCCCAUCAGAAAUCUCACUUCAGUUUCAAAGGAUCACAGUGACCAGUCAACGGGUGACCCGAUGACAAUCCUAGAGCAGUCCAGAAUACUCAGUACAAGACACAUGACUAAAGUGUUGUCUGGAGAUUUACAGUCAGUCAAGGAGUAUAGACAGGGUGGGUUCCCACUGAGAGCCUUUCCUUUAGAUAUCAAUCCAACUGAAAAGACACCCUUGAAAGGUUUGAAAGACAUACCCAGAGGACAGCACACCAGGUAUCCACAUGAACUGUCAAGCACCGAAGAGUCAAGUCCAGCGAAAGAUGGCAUAUUGCUGGCUGAGACGCCAGAGCAACAUCUCUUGUCUUUUGCAGGCAAUACAUCUGAGAGAAUCAUAGAGUACCAGCGUACAUCUCCACACUCUUCACCACGUUUUGGAAGGUCAGAGGCUCAAGGAACUGUUUGCAUAGGCAACAUCAAUAGUAAACAAGUCAGUUUCUUACCCGUUUCACAAGGUCAAACCUCUGUACAGCUGAUAACAUCACCUGCGAUCCAUCAAAAGACCACCAAUAAACGAUCAAUUAAAGGUAUCGAGGAUGCGAUUCCAGUUGUGCUGACACAACAAAUGCAGCUGGAUGACUUGCAGCGCAAAACGUCUCUAACUAGGUCUUCCGUUCAACUGAGCUGUCAGCAUCACUCAAAUGUAGCUGAUUCCACACAUGUAUCUGAGGUUUCACACCAACCAGACCAGCAAGAAUGGGCUGGAGCACAGAUGUGCAAGAGAUCAGAGCACAUAUCAUACUCUCUACAAUCCCAGGCUCAAUCAGAGGUCACCCUCUCCAGCAGCACAUCAACUGAAGCCUGUGGCAGUGAGGCACCAAGUCCAGUAAGAACAGCACAAAAACAAACCAUAAGACCUCUUUCUAUUUCCAAGAGUUUAGAGGACCUGGCAACCCUACCCUCAAAUGAAAGAUGGAAAAAUGAACAAAGGAGUGGCAUAAUACAGACGGUGGAGGAAGCUCCAGAUUCACUCAGCAUUGCUGUCCUGGAUCCAGAGCAGAGUAAGAGGCUGAGUGUCUCAGUACCUGCUUUCACGCACGAACAGGAUAACAGCAAAGAAAGUGACUGUCUCUCAGUAAACAGUUUCUAUUCUGAAAGGCAGAGGAAAAGCAGCACAAAUACUAACGCAAGUGCUUCCUCUGGUCUCGCCUCCAUGUCUCCUGUCAGUGGCAGUGUCACGAACAUUUACAGCACAGACUUUGGACAUGUGGAGGUUAAGGGAACCAUCCAAUUUGCCAUUAACUAUGUGAAUAAACUGGGAGAGCUCCACAUAUUUAUAGUCCAGUGCAGAGAUUUGGCUGCGGCAGAACCUAAGAGGAACCGUUCUGACCCGUAUGUUAAAUGUUAUCUUUUACCUGACAAAGCAAAGCUGGGGAAGAGGAAAACCUCUGUGAAGAAGAAGACUCUUAAUCCUACUUAUAACGAAAUCUUACGGUAUAAGAUACCACUUGAGAGCUUAAAGGUCCACACAUUAAACAUCUCUGUGUGGCAUAAUGACAUGUUUGGGAGGAACAGUUUUCUUGGGGAGGUCAAUGCGGAUUUGUCUGAGUGGGACAAUAAUACACACAUGAUGGACCGCACCCUCAUAGGAAGGACUGCAACACCAUUCAGUCCAAAGCAUGUUAACCUCAACAUGGAUGUGUGUGGAGAUAUGAGGAUAUCUUUGCGUUUCCUUCUGCAGACAUCUGAAGGUGAUGAGACACCACGGACGGGUGAGAUUCAAGUCUGGGUAAAGGAAUGUACGAAACUACAAUCCAUAAGAAGGAGUAUGGAUCCAUUUGUGAAAUGCUCAAUUCUUCCAGUCAGCCAUGAGAAAAAAAGGCAGAAAACUCGGGUUGUAAAGAGGACAACAAACCCUGUUUUCAACCACACCAUGGUUUAUGAAGGCCUCAGACCAGAAGACCUGAGAGAAACCUGUGUUGAACUCACAGUGUGGGACCAUGAUCGGCUCAGUAAUCGCUUCAUAGGAGGCACAAGACUUAACCUUGGAACAGGUAAAAGUCACAGCACUGAUGUAAAAUGGAUGGAUUCUAACGCUUCUGAAUCUGCAUUGUGGAGAAGAAUGAUUGAAUCAACUAAUGAAUGGGUUGAAGAAACCAUACCUUUAAGGAUGCUCAUCAUGGCAAGAUAGGAAUGUUCCAAGUGUUUGGCUUAAAAAAGAUCUUAUAGAACAUCAAUUUGGAGGACGUGGUACACGCUGCUAAAUAUACACGCCUUCAUUUGAGAUCAUGUUAAUGGAACAAGGAGUAUUGAAAAUACUGUAUGUUUUACCUCUUGUUGUAUAUAAAUGUAUAUCUAUAUUUUUUCAUUAACAAAUUAAAUAAAUCGUGCAAAUGAUUUAGUGUGUCAGGAAAUGCAGCAGAGACUUGGACAGUUUUUAAACUAAGUAACAGCAUAUUCUAAAUUAGUCUUAUGUCAUAGUCUUAUGUAUGUGCUUUUUUUUUUUUUUUUUUUCCCCCCUAAUUAGCAACCCUAUUCCCGCAUGAUAUUUUCCCUAACAAACAAAUUUUUGGAUGUGAUGGAAAACACUAAAAUGUGCAAAAGUAUUAAAAUAUGUAUUAUGUACAUGUAUUAUAGAGACAUUCCUCCGUGGGCAAAGAAGCUGUUACUGCAUUUCAUAUUGGAAACUAAAUGUUCGAGUCAGAGCACUAUAUUUAAAAUAGCUCUGCUGAUGAUGUACAGAUGAUCGUUUUAUUAAAGCAGUUUGAAUAAAUAUUAAAUGUACAGUGAGA